AUAUUUUGUUAUUGAACAUACCCCCCCCCCUUCUCCCUUUGAGUAUCCCAUGAUCAUUAAGAAGAAAACAAUUUCACGAGCAUAAUUUAUGGCAACUGUUUUGCCGGUGAUCCUCUUGCAGCAUUUUCAUUAUGCUAUGGCAAACAAAAGAUAAUGUUGCAGCGUUUUUUCUAUCCAUUCGUUUUUUUCCUUGCAGUAUCAAGGAUCAGUGAUGGUAUCGCGUAUAAGCUCAGCAUAUAUGCAUCGAUAGAAGAUCUCUUAUUUUCAUUUUAGUGCAACGUGGUGGAUAAUGUGGAAUUGCAAUGCUGUGUCACAUUCCAUUCGAUCAUCUCUUUUGAUAAUUGAACCACCGUCCUGUGUAGUAGAGACAUCAUCAAUAGUCACAUCUAGGAAACCUUUAAGAUGUGGGGGCAACACAGCAAAGACAUUGUCUCUUCUCUUUCCACUUUGUGGCUAAUAUUUAAGAGAUGAAGAUCAUUGACAAGAUAGAGCAGGCUCAGAAAAAGAAUGCUAUAGCAUACUCUUUUGAAUACUUUCCUCCAAAAACCGAGCUGGGGUUCGCUAACCUUACGGACCGUUUGGGUCGUAUGGCUCAAUUAAACCCUCAAUUUAUAUCCUGUACGUGGGGAACAGGAGGGUCUACACAUGACCGUACCCUAGAGCUUUGCUCUGCCGCUCAGCAUCUUUACGGGCUAACCACGUUGAUGCAUUUGACAUGCACUAAUAUGGGAAAGACAAAGAUCGACGAUGCUUUACAACAGGCACAAAAAGCAGGUAUUCGUAACAUUUUGGCUUUAAGAGGCGACCCACCUCGCGGUCAAGAAUACGACUGGAACGCCGAGGAACAAGAAUUUACACAUGCCAUUGAUCUGGUAAAGUACAUUCGCCAACACUAUGGAGAUACGUUCAGUAUAGGUGUUGCAGGGUAUCCUGAGGGGCAUCUGGGUCAAGUGAGCAAAGACGAAUUGGAAGAACAGCUAGAACUCGGUUACUUGAAGGAGAAAGUGGAAGCAGGAGCUGAUUUUAUCAUGACUCAACUCUUUUAUGAUGUGGAUGUAUUUUUGAAAUGGAUAGAAAAAUGCCGAGAGCAAGGCAUUCAAGUUCCCAUUGUAGCAGGCAUCAUGCCAAUUCCCACUUAUCAUAGUUUCCGUAGAAUGGUACAUCUGUGUCAGUUAAAAGUCCCUGAACGUAUUAUGAAAGAUUUGGACGCUAUCAAGACAGACGAUCAGAAAGUGAAAGAAUACGGUGUUCGUUUAGCAGUGUCUAUGAUCCGACGCCUUCAUAAAGAGGGAAAUAUUUGCAAUUUCCAUAUAUCCACGCUCAACUUGGAGAGGUCGACGCGUUUGAUUCUCGAAGAGUUGCAGCUGCAUCGGCACGAGCAGAAGGAUCAAGCGUCGAUAGCAGAGAAGGUUGCACCAUGGGUGCCUGUGCAUGAUCCUGCUCGAGCAGAGCUAUGGGAUGAAUAUCCCAAUGGUAGAUACGGUGAUUCUCGUUCUCCAGCUUUUGGUGAAAUCACUUACAGUGCUAGUAAAGCGCUUCCUACUUCUCGAGCACCCUCUAAAUGGGGACAGCCCAAGACGGAAGAAGAUAUUACUCAAUUGUUUGUCAAAUAUAUCAAGGGCGAAAUAGACUCUUUGCCGUGGUGUGAAGAAAAACUACACACAGAAAGUGAGGCCAUCUGUCAGCGGUUGUGUGAUAUCAAUCAGCGCGGUUAUUGGACUGUUAGUUCACAGCCAGCUGUCAACGGAGUACCCAGCCAGGAUGCAGUCUACGGAUGGGGACCUAAAAAUGGAUAUGUGUAUCAAAAGGCUUUCAUUGAAUUUUUCGUGGCAGAAGACAAAGUGAAGGAAUUAUUACAACGAUUGCAGCAAGACGAAUGUAUCACUUAUUACGCAAUUAAUUUAAAGGGGGAUUUUUGCACGAAUGUAUCUGAACCUGAUGCUCAGAAUGCGUUGACUUGGGGCGUUUUUCCCGGUAAAGAAAUCAUCCAGCCUACAUUGAUUGAGAAAGCAAGCUUUGAAGCAUGGAAGGAAGAAGCAUUUGGCUUGUGGUCUGAAUGGGAGGCUCAGUAUCCGCGUGGCAGUCCCAGCCAGAAACUGUUGAAGGAUACCAAAGAAACAUAUUGGCUGGUCAACGUAGUUCAUAACGAUUAUCAAAAACCAAAUCUGCUUUUUGAUGCAAUCUUGUCGUGAUAAGCAUUCCUUACAUUGUCAAUAUAGAAUUUAUUUGUGUGAAUGUGGAUUGUCUUUAGUAAAACGUGUGUAGUUUGUUAGUUUUCUUUAGGAACAUUUGUUGCAGUCCUCCUACAGAAGCCAAUGAACACAGUCGUGCGUUUGGUUCGCAGUGAUGAUAUGAUAUCUUGUUAUAACUAGAUAAUAGGAUGAUGGUGCAAAUGAUUGAGAGAUUUCAAAUCUGAUUUAUUAUUUUAAAAUUAAAUUUUAAAAUAAUUAUUUGGUUUCAGCUUUUUUCUGUAGUUUUUUUUCUUCCAGUUUAUUUUGUGUUUGAGAACAAUGGGAGUAGCAGGAGCCAUAAAAAAUGGUAGUAAGUGAAAAAAGUAAUAUGAAUGAAAGAGUAUGUAUAUAUAUAUAUAUAUAUAUAUAUAAUAU